AAAGCUCAUACUUAAGUGUAUUUUUUUUAUCGAUAAUCGGUGAUACCAGUGAUGUCCCCACCACUAAUAUGAAUGGAAUUGGUCAGUUAAGGCUUUUAAGUCCAAACUCCAAACCAAAUAAGUCCAAAUAACUAAGUCAGAUGGCCUCCACGGGUCUCCUGGUCGUAUCCAACAUCAAACAGCUGGGCAAAUCCCUGCGCGCUAUCGAGAAGUACGUCAACUCCCUGUACAUCCACUUGAAUGUCGCGGGGUCAACGUCCACGUCCUCCUUGAGUCCAUGGGCACCGGCCACAGCACCACCGCCUCCAGUUUGGGGUCGUCUCAUAUCCCAGGUGUACGCCAACAGCAGCAGCUAUGUAGGCAAACAGUUGGACCUAAGGAUACUCGUAUCGCCACUCCGACCAGGAGCCAGUGAAGCCCCAAGGUUGUGCAAACCUGUUGAUCUUAUCUUCUCGGAUGCUCACUAUCCGGACUUGUGCGAUCGAUUGCGGGCCGACCUUAAGAUAAGCAAGCCCACCAUAUUUCUCGAGGACGAAGCUAGCUCUGAUCUGAGCUCUCAGAGGGACACUACUGAGACCCCCAAAACCUAUCCCUCGGUUGUCCUGGGCGGCACUUUCGACCGUAUACAUGUUGGUCACAAAAUAUUCCUUACGCAAGCGGUGCUGCGUAGUCGUAAACGUUUAGUAGUGGGAGUGACGACGGCCGCCAUGACAAAGGGAAAAACGCUGCCGGACCUGAUAUUACCCGUGGAGGAACGCAUCAACCGCUUGAGAGAGUUCCUAACGGACAUCGAUAGCACUUUGCAGUACGAAAUCGUGCCGAUUGACGAUCCGUUCGGACCCACUCAGACAGACCCCGACCUGGACAUGAUUGUGGUCAGUGCCGAGACGCUGCGCGGCGGUCAGAAGGUCAACGAAAUCCGCUUGGCCCGGCAGCUGCGCAAUCUGGAGAUCUUUGUGAUUGACAUUGUGGAGAGCAAUGUCCAUGACGGUAUCCACGAGGCGAAGGUCAGCUCUAGCAACACCCGCAUCGAUCUGCUUGGGACACGUUGGAGGAGGCCAGAGCAGCGACCCCAACUACCGGCCCAACCGUACAUCAUUGGUCUGACUGGAGGCAUAGCUUCUGGGAAGAGCAAGAUGGCAGAGCGACUGUGCAAUUUGGGAGCUCAUGUGAUUGACUGCGACAAAGUGGCGCAUGAUGUUUAUGAACCUGGCCAGGUGUGCCACGGUCGCAUUGUCGACUACUUUGGAACGGAUAUCCUUGCGCCAGAUGGGCGCAUAGACCGCACUAAGCUCGGCCCGCUGGUGUUCAGCGAUCCCAAUAAAUUGCAGGCUCUCAAUAACAUUGUCUGGCCAGAGCUUAUUGCAGAAGUUAAUAGGCGACUGGACGUUCUGCGUAGCCAGGCUCAGGUUCCUCGCGUAGUUGUCUUGGAAGCGGCGAUUCUGUUGCGGGCUGGUUGGGAAACCAAUUGCCACGAGGUGUGGUCAAUGAUUGUGCCGCCGGAGGAGGCCGUGCGACGGAUCAUCGAACGCAAUAACCUGAAGGAGGAAGAAGCUAGGAAGCGACUGGCCAGCCAGGUUCCCAAUUCCGAAAUUGUGGGCAAGUCGCAUGUAAUCUUCAGUUCGCAGUGGGACUAUGACUUCACCAAGCUGCAGGCUGAGCGGGCCUGGAAAAUGCUCACCAAGGAGCUGGACUCUCAUCAGAGCAGCCUUUAACAUACAAAUUUGUUGAAUGAUUUUUUUAUGCAUUUUGUUGUACAUUGCUUAGUUGUAAGUCCAAAGUUUAUGAAUACAUCCCGGACAUCAAGGGGAAAACGUUGAAA